CGCUUUUCUCUUGGUGCUCCAUGCAUCUUUCGGUCAGUUUCUCGUGGGUUGCCGCGCGCGCAUUUUCGAACGCCUCGUAAAGGCUUCGUGUAUAGGUUUUAUUCGCUCGUGAAUAUUCGAAGGAAGAGACAUCAUACAGGACCUUGAAAUCUCGACACGCCUGUCCCAUUGGAUAUACCAACGAUUUUGCGAAGGGAUUUUUGAUCUCUCAACAUGCGCCGGCGAUCUAUUCGGUCGUUGGUGCUUCUUAUAUUUAUUUGUGCAACAUAUACAACUGAUGUCUCAGCUAGUCCUCGUCAUAUAAAAUUGAGACAUGGAAGGCAUAGACGACAACAUGGGAAUAGUCACUUACCUAAAACAUACGUAUUGGAUCCAGAUGAACCUGAGAGAGGGAUUUGGGGGCCAUGGUCUGAUCCCAGUUCUUGUUCUCGCACCUGUGGGGGUGGAGUUCAAUAUCAGCAAAGGGAUUGUUUAGACAUAGACGCAAAUGGAUACGUCAGGUGCACAGGUCCUUCGAAAAGAUUUUUUUCUUGCAACGUUCAGGAAUGUCCUGGAGAGUCAACCGAUUUUCGAGCUGAACAAUGUGCAGUUUUUAACAACAUACCUUUUGAGGGGAUUCAUUACGACUGGAUUCCAUAUACAGGAAGCCCCAAUAAGUGUGACUUGAAUUGCAUGCCACGAGGAGAGCGCUUUUUUUACAGACAUAAACCGAGUGUUACAGACGGUACUUUAUGUGACAUUGAGAAAAAAGAUGUUUGUGUCGAGGGAAAAUGUAUGCCAGUUGGAUGUGAUUUAUUGUUGGGAAGCGACGCCAAAGAAGAUGCUUGUAGAGUAUGUGGUGGAAAUGGAACUGAUUGUAAUACAGUAAAGGGACUUUUCGAUACAGAUGACUUACAAGCAGGUUACGUGGAUAUAUUGUUAAUUCCUGAGGGAGCUACAAAUAUUAUUGUAAAAGAAGUCCAACCAUCAAAUAAUUAUUUAGCUGUUAGAAAUACAAGUGGCCAUUACUACUUAAAUGGAAACUGGAGGAUAGACUUUCCUAGAAGCUUGAGAUUUGCAGGAACUAUUUUUCAUUAUUCUCGAGAUCCUCAAGGUUUUUCUGCUCCUGACACAAUUACAGCUCUGGGACCAACGACUGAACCAAUUUACGUCGUGUUGCUUUACCAAGAUAGAAACGUUGGAGUCAAUUACGAAUAUAGCGUUCCAUCAAAAAUAUCACAACAAGGAGAUCCAGAUGGUUACGUUUGGAUAGCGGAUGAGUUUUCUGCUUGCAGUACAACUUGUGGAGGAGGAUAUCAGUCAAGACGAGUAAAUUGUGUUCGUCGAAGGAACUCGGAACCGGUAGACGAACAGCUUUGUGAUCCUCUUCUCGAGCCAACAGAUACGAAAGCUUGCAAUGAGGAGGCUUGCCCACCCCAGUGGGUGUCAGGUGAAUGGAGUCCUUGUAGUAAGCCGUGUGGUGUGGGUGGCGAGCAAACUAGACAAGUUAAAUGCGAGCAGGUGGUUGCAGGGGGGAUCCCCUCAAUCGUCGAUGAUUCUCAGUGUCUCAAACUUCCUAAGCCUGAACCAAAGCAGGAAUGUAAUAAGGAACUUGACUGCCCUCAAUGGCAUGUGGGACCAUGGAAACCAUGUGAUCACUUGUGUGGAAAAGGUAAAAUGUCGAGAAAAGUGACAUGUUACCGAAAAACGGAUGGAAAAAUUCAUGUGUUAGAGGAUUCAGCAUGUCCAGAAAAAAUGCCUGAAAAAGAAAAGCCCUGCGAAUUGAGACCAUGUGCCGGAGUUGAUUGGAUUACAUCCGAGUGGAGCGGAUGCACAGAUAAAUGUGGAUUAACUCAUGAAACAAGAACGACACAAUGUGCCACUCAGGAAGGUACAAUUUAUCCUGAUGACAAUUGCGACAUUGAAAAGAAGCCUGAACUAAAACGAGAUUGUGAAACUGCACAAACGUGCGAGUAUGAAUGGGUCACGUCUCAAUGGAGUGACUGUUCAGCUAAAUGUGGUUCUGGAAUACAGAACAGACAAGUGUUUUGUGCGACAUUUGAAAAUGAAGAUACUCUUAAAAAAGUACCUGAAGAAAAAUGUGAUGCUGAGAAGAAAUAUAACGAUACACGAAAUUGCACAGGUGAAGCGGAAGAAUGCAAAGGGGAAUGGUUCGCUGGUCCUUGGAGUAAGUGUUCAAAACCAUGCGGUGGUGGAGAUAUGACUCGCAAAGUGAUUUGUAUGAAAGAUAGUAUGUUAGUACCUUCAAGUAACUGUGACGUAGAAACGAUAAUGUUCAGUCAAGAAAGUUGUAACGAACAGCCAUGUGGAGAAGACGAAGUGAUAUCAGUGACUCCUGAUAAAGAAAAGACUACACCUGAUGUGAGUGAAGAAGAGGAAUGUGAAGAAGGUGAAGAAGAGGAGGGUGAAAAUUAUGUCACUAUAAAGACUAGCUUCGGCUCGAGUGAAGGAGAAGUGACAGAAGUCUCACCUCUGAGUUCGCCAAUGAGUACUGAAAGCAGUGGAAAGACCGUUUCAUUUUUCGAUGAUAUGAUGAUGAGUGACGCGGGUUACAGUAGAGGAGAUAUUGAAAUUUCUACGGAAUCUGGAAGUGGAGAAGGCAGUGGUACUGAUGAAGAUGAACUUUCACUCUUCACGCAAACAGGCUUUUCUAAAUUUGGAUCAACCUUUGAGGGAAGCGGUACUUCACCUGAUGAAAAUACAAAAGUAACAGUUUCUGGCACAACAGAAUCUGCGGUUACUGCAGGAUCCACUGAAGGAGUUUCUGAAGGAUUAACGAAAGAAGUUUCUGAAGUAUCAACAGAGUCUGGAGUUACUGACGAAUCUUCCAUAUCCACUGAAUCUGUUUCUGGAACAAUUGCAAUUUCUACGGAGGCUUCAGUGACAGUUUCAACACAGUCAUCAUUAGAGCCUUCUUCUACUGAUUCUUCAGUUACAUCCUCUGAUAACACUGAAAUAUCGAGUUCUGAAAGUUCAGCCCAAACAGAAACAUCUACUAAUUUAUCUGAAAGUACUGUAUCAUCUUCUUCAGAAUCUACCGAAACAGAAACAACAGAACCUACUUCUACAAUAUCAACCUCAGAAACAUCAAGUUCCAGUUCAGUUUCAGAAGAAACUAGUUCCUCUGAAAUGAGUACUUCAGAAUCUAAUACUUCUGAAUCUAGUUCUUCAAGUGAAGAGACAUCAAGCGAAAGCACUUCAAGUUCAGGAGAAACUACAGUUUCAGAAACAUCAAUUAGUGGCCAAACUACAGAAUCUGGAGCGACAACAGAGUCUGGUGCAACAACGGAAUCUGGAGAGACAACAGUAUCUGGGGCAACAACGGAAUCUGGACUAACGAGUAUAUCAGGAUUGACAACGGAAUCGGGAAUGACAACUGAAUCUGGCUUAACAACUGGAUCAGGCUUAACAACUGGAUCAGGCUUAACAACGGAAUCUGGCUUAACCACGGAAUCAGGAUUGACAACUGAUUCUGGCGUAACAACAGCAUCAGAUUUAUCGACAGAAUCUGGCCUGACAACUGAAUCUGGACAGACGACCGAAUCCGGUUUAUCAACAAUUUCUGGAGAGACUACAGUGAGUGGUUUAACAACAGAGAGUGGAAUGACUGAAGGAACUACUGCAUCUGAAAAAGAAGAUACAGAUUUAACGGAGCAGACUCACGUCUCAGAGUUUUGGACAACCGUUAGUUCAGUACAAACUGCAUUGAAGAAAGAAGGCAAGAUGAAGAAAUGUAAGCCAAAGAAGAAGAAGACGUGUAAAACAACAGAAUUUGGUUGCUGUUAUGAUGGAGUCACACCUGCAGAAGGUCCCUUCGGAAAAGGAUGUCCAAAUCCUGAAACGUGUGCUGAAACUAAAUACGGUUGUUGUCCGGAUGGUGUUUCGGCAGCUAAAGGACCAAAGAACGAAGAAUGUCCAGAUCAACACUGUAAUGAAACACUCUUUGGUUGUUGUCAAGAUGAAAUUACUCCAGCUGAAGGAAAUGAUUACGAAGGUUGCAAGAAACCUUGCAACGAAACUGAAUUUGGAUGUUGUCCUGAUAAAGAAACUCCAGCAAGUGGGAAGAAUAAUUUGGGAUGCUGUAAUGUUACAAAACACGGCUGUUGUCCAGAUGGAAUUAAAGUAGCUUCUGGACCAGACGGUGAAGGCUGCGAAGAAGAAGUAUCAGAAACACCUGAAUUUGAAACAACAACACCAAUGGAAGGCGACUGCGCUAAUUCAACCUACGGUUGUUGUCCAGAUGGGGAAAAGACGGCCAGUGGAGAAAACUUUAAAGGUUGUGGAAUCAUUAAUACUGCAAAUUGCACUGCUUCUUACUUCAGUUGUUGUCCUGAUGGAGUAACAGCAGCUCUUGGUCCACGGUAUCAGGGAUGCCAUAUGUCAUGUGAAAAUUCAACUUAUGGAUGCUGUGAUGAUGGAAUAACUUCAGCUCAUGGACCAAACCGUGAUGGAUGUUGUCUCUCAUCUUCCUUUAAAUGUUGCCCUGAUAAUAUCACACCAGCUCGAGGUCCCGAUUUUUACGGUUGUGGAUGCCAAUAUUCUAGAUUCGGAUGUUGUCCUGAUAAUGUAACUGCAGCACGUGGAUCACACAAUGAAGGAUGCGGUUGUCAAUACACACAACAUAGUUGUUGUCCAAAUAGAUUUACUCCUGCAAACGGACCCAACUUUGAGGGAUGUCCCUGCUACACUUAUCAGUUUGGCUGUUGUCCUGAUGGAGUUACUGUAGCUAAGGGUCCUAACAGUCAAGGAUGUGGAUGUGAAAACACUGAAUUCAAGUGUUGCUCCGAUGGAAGAACGCCAGCUAAGGGUCCAAAUUUUGCAGGUUGUGCUUGCGAUGCUUCGAAAUAUGGUUGUUGUCCUGACGGAAUAGAGGAAGCUCAAGGUGAUAACUUCCAAGGUUGUCUUAGCGUUCCCUCGAUUCCGGGAUCUGCUUGUAGUUUAGAAAGAGAUAGAGGUCCCUGUCGAGACUUUACUGUCAAGUGGUUCUAUGACACGGAAUACGGUGGAUGCUCAAGAUUCUGGUAUGGUGGUUGCGAGGGAAAUGAGAAUAGAUUCAAGUCUCAGGAGGAAUGUAAAGAAAUCUGCGUGCAACCCAAAGGGAAAAACGCUUGUUACUUACCCAAAAUCUCUGGAGCUUGCGAAGGAUAUUUCCCAACUUGGUAUUAUGACGUGGAUAGAAAACAAUGUGGACAAUUCAUUUACGGUGGUUGUCUCGGAAAUGCCAACAACUUUAAAACGAGAGAGGAGUGCGAGGGUCUUUGUUCCGAAUCUGAUGAUGUUGAUCCAUGUCAACUGGAGAAGGAAACUGGUCCUUGUGCUGGAAAUUUCACCAGAUAUUAUUUCAACAAAGAAGCACAAACUUGCGAACAAUUCCAAUAUGGUGGAUGUAAAUCAAAUCAAAACAACUUCCUUACCGAAAUUUCCUGCCAAGAAAGAUGUCUUCAUCCAGGACGUACUCGAGAUUCUUGCUUGCUGCCUCGAACUGAAGGUAACUGCACAGAGAAGAUUCCUCGGUGGUACUCUGAUCAAACUGAAAAUCGCUGCAUGCCAUUUUAUUACACAGGAUGCGGUGGUAAUAAAAAUAACUUUGACUCUAGAGAAGCAUGUGAGUCCAUUUGUCCAUCUAAGAUCGAACAAGAUUCCUGCUUACUUCCUGCUGUUAUGGGUGAUUGUCAUAAUUACACUCAACGGUGGUUCUAUGAUUCCUAUGAGCAACAAUGUAGACAGUUCUAUUAUGGUGGCUGUGGAGGAAACGAAAACAAUUUCCAGACUGAACGCGAUUGUAUCAAUAGAUGUGAAGCGUCUUUCAAUACAAAAGCGCCUCCUGCUCAAGAAUUUAGAACCGAAUUUUGCUUCUUACCCGAUGAGCGAGGACCAUGUUCUGACAAUGAAGUUAAAUGGUUCUACGAUUCUCGAAUUGGAAUGUGUAAAACUUUCAGUUACGGCGGUUGUGGAAGCAAUGGAAAUAAUUUCAAUUCUCGCGAGGAAUGUGAAUAUAGAUGUGGUGAAGUUCAAGACCCAUGUACAUUGCCGGUUCUCGUUGGUCCUUGUAAUGGAUCUGUCACUCAAUAUUAUUACGAUAGAAGAUACGAUGGCUGCUUCCCAUUCGACUACAGUGGCUGUCAAGGAAACAAAAACCGCUUCCAGGAUAUGGAAACAUGUAGCGAAAGAUGCGUCAGACAACCGGAAGUUGAAGUUCAACGAGAUACAACACCUCACACUGAUUAUGAAUCACCGAGUGCAAUUUGCGUUGCUCCUGUUGAUGCUGGUCCUUGUACCAAACAAAUCACGGCCUAUUUUUAUAACGUUGACGCUAGAAGUUGCCAGGCCUUCAUUUAUGGUGGCUGUGAAGGAAAUGCCAACAGGUUCCAAACUCAAGAACAAUGUGAACGUCUUUGUGGUACUUUCCAUAAACAAGAUAUUUGCAAUUUAUCUGUCGAUCCUGGUCCUUGUCGAGGAGCGUUUACUAAAUUCUUUUACGAUAGAUCGUCGCGAACUUGUCGCGAAUUUGUCUACGGUGGAUGUGAUGGUAAUGCUAAUCGAUUUAGUACUAUCCCCGAAUGCGAAUCGGUAUGCAUUCAUCAUGAAGAACCCACAUCCAGUGGAAACGAAACUUCUGUUUCUCAUCUUGAAAUCUGCAGAGAACCAGUUGACACCGGUUACUGCACUGCUGGAUAUUAUAAACGAUUCUAUUAUGACGAGGAAUUUCAAACAUGCAGAGCAUUUAUUUACACUGGUUGUGGUGGCAAUCGUAACAAUUUCAAGACUUUUGAAUCCUGUAUUGCCACUUGCUUUAGAUCAAAUGAAAUUGAUGUCGGCGGACCAAUAGAAUCAAAGGACCCUUGUGAAGAAGCGAAAGAGGAAUGUAGACUUAUUCGCUGUCCUUAUGGCAAGGAAGCGUUUGUCAAUGAUCAAGACUGUGAACGCUGUCGAUGUGUUGACCCAUGUGCUUCUCAAUCUUGUCCAGAAGGAACCAAGUGCACUAUUAUUUUUGAUAAUUUCAAUGCUGAAACAAUUUAUAGAGGAGUUUGUAGAUCUGCUGUCAAACCUGGCAGAUGUCCUUCUAUAUCCAAUAGCACUAGAUGUGAGCAAGAGUGUUCAACCGAUGCAGAUUGUGCAAACGAUUGGAAAUGUUGUGAUAACGGUUGUGGCACUUCUUGCUUGGAACCGGCAUCCGAAGAACGAUACACGCCUAUUCCAAUUGUAAAUGUCACCGCUCCAACCUACGGAUCUGAACCCGCUGCUAUUCAACAACCAGACGAUCCUCAAGUUUCAGGAGAAGAAGGCUUCUUUGUGACAAUGAAGUGUUUAGCUACUGGAUUACCUAAACCAACAAUUAGCUGGCGAAAAGAUACUGAAUUGAUAAACGCAACGGAAAAGAGACGACGAAUUUUGAACGAUGGAUCCUUGCAAAUCAUCAAUCUGUACACCUAUGACAGAGGUACCUACAUAUGUACAGCUGACAACGGUCUUGGACCACCAGUUAGAAUUGAAUAUCAACUGCAAGUAACAGAACCACACAAUCGUUCCGCUGACAUUGUUGGUGAACCAACCGCAUCUGUCACUGUGACGAUUAAUUCACCGACAACCCUUUAUUGCUACGCAAUGGGUUGGCCGAGGCCCUUUGUUACUUGGUGGCGUGGAGACCGCAUGCUGCCUCUAUCUUCAGAAGACUAUGAACAGGAUUCAGACUAUACUCUCCUUAUUAGAUCAGUUACCAUUAGUAACCUUGGGGUCUACGAGUGUCAGGCUUACAAUGGAAUUGAGAGACCAGCAUCGUGGUCCGUGACCCUUUUUGCUUUGGGACCAGUCCACAAUGUUUCCAGUCCUUAUAUUAUUCCACCACCAGAGAGACCCACUGUUCCAAGACCCAAUUAUCCAUUUAGACCGCAAAGAACUCAAAUUCCUGAUUACCAAACACGUGCACCUAACUACCGCAGACCUGAUUAUCAUGUUCCUGGAGUCGUUCCCCUUGAUCCGAGUCAAAAUGCAACAUCUCGGUAUCAAGUUCCUUUAAAAGUCAACGUUUCCGUGGAACAAGAGCAAUGGCCAGAGGGAAGCGAUAUAAGCAUUUCCUGUCAUGUUGAUGGCUAUCCCAUUGAAAAAGUUCAAUGGUACAAAGAUGAAGUACCGCUUGAAACUAAUAAUCACAUCAGGGUUUCUGAUGCGAAUAAGUUGGAAAUUUUCGACUCAAAUAGAAACGAUUCUGGACAGUAUCGAUGCGAAGCUGCUAAUCAAUUUUCAAGUAGCACUCAAAGUGUAAACAUAAAUGUUGAUGGAAUAUUUAUACAUCCAAAUUGCAAGGACAACGACUUUUUCGCCAAAUGUGAUUUAAUCGUACUUGCAAAUUACUGUCAGCAUAAAUAUUAUGCCAAAUUUUGUUGUCGAUCGUGUACACAAGCUGGCAAAUUGCCAGUGAGAGGGUCUCAUCUGGAUAGGAGAAGAAGAAGAAGAGCUGCCUCUCUCAUCUACUAAGAAUCUUUUGAAUCAAUUCUCGAUCGUUCGGACCAAUGGGACACAAAAUUUUCUAACUAUUUUAAAGUGAUUCAUAUAUUUUAUUAAUUAAGUAUUAUGAAGGAAAAUAUUAAGAAUAAUCGAUAUUUAAAUUUCUUCUCACUGCGCCGAAUGCGUCGAAUAAUCGAGUCUUGUUCACUGCCAAAGCCUUAGAACGUCUAUACAUAGAUAGCGAUAGAUAACUAAAAAAAAUAAAUCUUUUCUAGCGCGUCUUUUUUUUUAUUUCGUAUUUUUUCGAUACAACGAUCAUCAAGCGCAGAUUCCAUGUAUAUACGAUCUGAAGCUAAAUCCUAGUCCGACGGAGUCAUUAUAGAAAGAUGUAUUUAAAUAACGCCAUGAAUGGCAUUCUACACUUUCAUAAGACGAUUUGCGACAUCGUCGAUCUCUGUCCUUCUUGAUUGACUCGAAAGUAAAAAUAAGAAAAUAUUUUUUUAUUUUUUUGUCAAUCGAAGCCACUAGAUAUUGAUGUAAGAGUAUAUGCAACGUUUAAACUUUUGAGAUUACUUUCUAGUUAGUAUAUAAAAUAUUCCAAAGAAGACAAAUAAUCGAUUAACUUUUUAUAAAAUUUUUUAUAUACACAAUAAUUCAAUUUUUUAUGAAAAUAUUUUUAAGUUCUUUUGUCUUCUUAGGAUUUUAAAAAAUUUACUUUGUAAAAUAUAGUUUUAUAUCAAAUCUCUAUUUCUUUGGGGUGUCUGAAUUUUUUUAAAAAAUUUCUUUUUCUUUUAUCAAAAAACUAAUAUCUAAAAAAAAACAAAUUAAAUAAUUUUAUUAUUUCAUAAAACAUAUGUAUUUCAAUCAGUCCAAACAUAUCAUAAAUUUUAAAUGUUUAUAAAUUUUAUUUAAUAAAAUAAGUCCAAUUAUUUGACGAUUAUUAUUUAUUAAAAUCAUUGUUUAAAUGAAUUUUAUUUUUAUAAUUUUUAGAUGAUUUUUCUUCUCUAAAAUAUUAUAUAAUUUAUAAUUUUUUUUUUCAUUAAAUUUUUAUUUAUUAAAUAAAUAAUUUAGACAAAUGUAAUUUUUGAUAAAUGAAAAUUAUAACAUGUAAAAAGACAAUUAUGAAUAAAAAAAAGUUAUCAUAAAUAGAAACUUGGUUAUUCAGAAUUUAAAUUUACAGAAAAAAAUACUUUAAAUUGAUAAUUCAAAUAAAUAAAGAACAUUAUGAACAAGUAAAAUGAAAAUUAAAAAUUUAUUAAACUGUCUAUUUGGGAAAAAUUCAGGCGCCUUUAUUUCUCUUACGUUAUGAUGACUAUUGUAUUAGUUCUUUCAAUUCAUUGCUGCAAAUACUCAUAUAACAGUAUACAUAAAUCACCAACAGUUAUCAUUGGAAAAACGUUAGGUUUCUCUUAAUUACAGAUUCUAUAUAAGUUCUCCAAGUCCUGAAAAUGCAACAUUUUUCAUUUAGUUGAGUUAAGCAAGUAGAUCCGAAUAAAAUGGUGCCAAGCGUUGCAUUUUCAAAAGAGACGGAGUGUCUUUAAGUGUACAGUUUGUAUUUUAUACAGUGUUGAAAAAAAUAAGUCCUUGAGAAAGUAUUUUAGUGUUCCAAGUAUUUUUUUCCUAAUGAUUUAUAAGAUCAUUUCAAUAUAAAGAUAAAUAAUACUUAUAUGUAAAUAUUAUUCAAAUAUAUUUUUAUAUAUUCGAAUUGACAAAGAAAGUAAAACAUGAAUGAAAAGAUUUUAGCAAAAAUAUUAAAUAUUAAUUUAGCAAAGCACAUUCAUUUUUCACUUUUUUUUGAACAAGGUUCUUUUGUUAAUUCAAAUAUAUAAAUAAAUAUUCAAAAAUUUUUACACAGAUAUUGUUUGUCCACAUUUUGAAAAAAGCCAUGAAAAUCAGUAUGAACAAGUACACAAGACGCUAAAGCACCCCUUUAAUCUUUAUAAAUCAUGAUUGUAUUCUAGUGUUUAAUCGAAAAAAUUUCAUUUUAUUCAAAGUAGACAAAUUAAAUAAAUUUGACGAUAUCUUUUCAAAGAACACGUUAAGUUUGCCUCCAAACUGGUGGAAGGAACUUCUGUUUUGAACAAGAGUAUAUUUUGUCUACUCUAUAAAACGAAGUCAUGAAAAUUAGAUUAAUAAUAAUUGUUAUUAUUGUUUCAACAUUAUUUCUCUGUGUUAGUUUAAUCUGUAGUGUUUGACUUCAAUCAUGAAUCAUGUGCCUUACUAGAUGUUGUAAAAGUAUUUUUAAGAAGUGUAUUCGAAUCAGAGAUUUUCCCAAUGUAAAUGGUUGAAUCAAAAUUUUUAAAAUUCCUUUCCCAAAAUUUAAGAAAAACUGAUUGAUUAAUACCAAAAAGUUCCUGUGCAUAUUGUUUUCUAAUGUUACUGAUGUAUUUAAAUUUUAAAUUGAACUUUUUAAAAUCUUUUCUACUCUGUUCUGUAUUAAAAUUUCAAGCACUCUUUUGUCAACACUGUUUAGUUGUAUUACGUGUAACUGAGCGGUAACAAAGAUUAUAUAUUCAUCAUUUCAAACGUGUCAGAUUUUUUGACAAUAUUGUACAUAAUCAACAAUCAAUCCAAGUCGUUUUUAUAUCUUUUCUAUGUAUAACAUUUCAAGGCAUUUUUGUGAACAUUAUUGAAAUUUUUAAUAAGUUUAAAUUUUCAUAUCAGCAACAAAAUCGACUGCUUAAUUUUCAAAAAUACUAUUGAUAGAAAACCACAAAAAUUCUUAAACAUAAAAAUCUAUCUUAAAACAUCAUAUCUAGAAUUUUAUAUAAAAAACAUUCACACUUUUAUAAUAUUUAUAAAUUGUUUAUAUUCAAUUGUGGUGAAGAAAUCCUAUGAAAUUUUGUCUCAUAUUGAUCAAUAUUUAUAUAACAAUAAAUGUUUAUGAAAUAAAAUAUAAAACGAUAAUUUAAAUAAAAAAAAUAUAUCGUAAAUAUUAUAUUAGUAGUUAAUAAAUUCUAUAAUAAGAUAUAUAUGUAAAAAUGAUAAAAGAAUAGAAAAAAGAUAAAAAUUUUCAGGUAAUUUUAUCACCACAUUAAAUUAUUAAUGAAUCAUUUAUAUGUUAUCCAGAACUUACACCCAAAAUCUUUUUAUAUUAAUGUUAUGUCAUGGAUAUGUGGGCAAAGAACGUUUUUUUGUAGUUUAAAACUUUCUUUGAAAUAAAAAAAGAUUUUGGAUUAAAAUUUUGGAGGGUACUAGGAAUCUCGCUGUUCUACUCAUUUACUAUAACUUAACGCAAAAAUAAUAAAAAUAACGCAAUAAAUAGUAAAAUAAUGCAUAUUAUCAUAAUUUAUUCAUCGGCCACUAGCUAAAAUUGGCGCUGCCUUCUAGAACACUGACUGAUAAUUUUUAAUUAUUUAAUGCAAAAUGAUGUAUUUUUCGGAUAACAGCGAGAUGCAUUGUAUACCUUUUUCUCUAAUCUCUCAAAAUUUUAGAGAAAAAUCUUUUCUUAUUUUAGAGUAAGAUGGAUACUUGCAAAAUACAUCUUCCCAUACUAGAUCACGUGGGAGGUUUCCACACACCCUUAAAUUGAUUACUAUAAGAAAUGUGUAAUACAACAAAUGAACGAAAAAAUCUGCAAAGCAGACUUGGUUUUAUUAUAGGUAAAAUUAUACAACUAUUUUAGGCAUCUCUUAGACUAGUGUAAUAUUUUUUUUACCGUCGGUACUGUGGAAUAAAAUUUCUUUCUAAUUUUCUCUUAUUUCAAAAAAAUGUUAUUAAAAAAAUAGAGAUUUUUAAGAAGAAUCAUAUCUGUAGUUUGACAUUGUUAAAUGUGCAAACACGUCAUAUCUAAGCGCUAUCCUGACGCACUAGGAAAUAUAAUUGUAACUGUAAGUAUUUUUUAGGAAUAAGAAUAUAUAUACGGAUUAUAAAUGAUUAUAAGAAAAAGAGAUUAGAUAACGAUGAAUGCCAUACUACGAAUAUUGUACGGACAAUAAUAAUAUUUAAGGUUUAAGACA